AUGAACGAGAUUGAAAACUGGGAGCUGCCGGACAGCUAUGUGCAUGCAUGUACGCCCCUGGAUGCGAGGAGACCCAUCAGAUCUAUCACGGGGUCAUUAUCACUCCAUGAUUGCCGCAAGUUACUUUCUGCGGAUCCCGUCGAUCAUGCAAGUGGGAAAUUGAAGCGAAAGACCGCGGCGUUGCAUUUGAAUAGCUCGCCUGCUCUUAUUCCUUCUUCUGUCUCUAUCUCCUCCGGCGCAUCGACUCCUCCACUGUCGCCUUCCUACUCGCACAGUGUGAUCUCAACCUGGAGUGAAGAGCCCGAAAUCGGCAAAGCUCAGCCAGUUCACUUCCAGCCGCAAUCCCCACGAGUGACGGUUGUCUCAGAGAACGGGACUCGUGUCCGGCCUAAUAAUAGGAAGCGAUUGAACACUUUUCGAGAGAAGCUUCAAAAGAACGCCCUGGCCCAGGCUGAAGCGAAAGCCAGAGAUCAGCAAAAGUCAGACUCAAUGCUGGCUCACACGCAGGCCGCUCCCACCGUCUCGCACGGUGGUGCCUGCUUUGAGAUCUUGAAUCCGCGCAAGUCGCUGGAUCUUGCUCGGAUCGUCUCAUACAUUGAAGAUGUCGAUGUACACGCCCCGUUCGACAACCGAGACUCGGCAUUCUCUCUUGAGCAAGGACUCGACCGGGUGUCCCUGUCCCAGCUCACGGAUGCUUCAUUGCCAUCCUUUUACUCUACCAACUCGCUAUACGCUUCUAUGCAACCGGAUUGCUCUACCCCCAAACCCCAGGCAACGGAUAUCCCCUCGUCUUCGCCUGGGAUCCGCGACCACGUCCGCUCUCUAUCAGAAUUCCCCUACAACCCACACUUCAGCCACUGGAGCCAAUCUGUACAAGAUGAGCCCGCCUCAUACAUCGACUUAAUCCAAGAUACAGACGCCGACACAGACAACGACACCAACGCCGACAACGACGACUACCAAACCCACCACUCAACCACAUACACCGAAGGCUCAACAACCACCCCAUCUUCAGAAACCAACCCACCAGCCCUCUCACACACAGAAACCGACUCCCGCCCCGUCUCCCCUUCCCAACAAACCUUCUCAGAAGAAAGCGAGAUCGGCGAACCAGGCUCCCCAGUCUACGCCAACGGCGAAUGGGCCCAAGUAAACGAGCGCGAUAGAGGCAUCUUCUACGAACUCGAACAAGAUUUCAACACUCCACAAGAAACACCCCUGGCCACACCAAUCAACUCCCCCCUCUACUCCCCCUUCGACUCAACCAACCCCUCGACCAUGUCCGCAUACCCGUACCCUAAGCCCCACCCCUUCACUCACACCAACCACUACUCAACACCCUCGACCCCAACCUCCUAUUCACACCCUCCCUCCCCCUCAGACCCAUACAGCUACGACCCCAUCUACCUAGACCCGCACGUGCAGUCUGUCCUCGCAGCCGCCAAUGCAGACACCAUGGGGCUGAGGAGUGCGAGUGGAUCCGCGCGCGCUCUGGAAGAACUGCAGCGCAGGACUGGGGAGCGGGAUCGGGACUUGAGUCCCCGGUUUGAGUUUCAGAGACGGAAGAGCGAUGAGCGGAAAACGUCUUUGUCGCAGAGGAAGGGGCUGAGGAAGUUCUUCAGUUGGAGGUCUGGGAAUUAG